AUGAGUCGCGUACUCCAUUCCAAACCCAAGCGAACCUACACCUUCACCGGCGUCUCCGGGCAGGCCUAUCAUGCCUACGAGUACGACUAUGCCGCCGGCUAUGCGAGCGUCCUGCCGCAUAACGGGCUGAUCGGGCAGAAGUACUUCUUCUCCAACGUCCAGGGUCACGCCUACACGAACUACGAGCACGAUCUCGAUGCCCAGGGCCUGACGACGCGCCUCUACUACAGCGGCGUCAAGACCCAAGCCUAUUCGUCCUACGAGGACGACUACAUCAUCAACAGCACCGGCAGCCACUUUGCGGGACAGAAGUAUUAUUUCACCGACAUCGUGGGCCAGAACUACACCGGCCACGAGCAGGACCUCGACAACGCAGGCCACCUGAUCAAGGACGUCUUCACGGGCGGCCAGAUCACGGCCACGCAGGUCUACUCUUCAUGGGAGAACGAGUAUGCCAACGGCAACGGCGUCCUGACCGGGCAGAAGUAUUACCAGUCGGACAUCACCGGCCAGGAUUAUACCGGCUACGUCGUCGAACUCGACGGCUCGGGCAAGAAGAUCGCGGAAACCUGGACCGGAGUCACCGGCCAGUCUUACUCGGCUUACGAAUACGACUAUGCCAACGGCGACGGUGCCGUGACCGGCAUCACGCACUACUUCACCAACGUGCAGCAUCAGGAGUAUGCGAGCUACCAGCUCGACUAUGCGGUGAGCGGCGCCACCUCGACCGAGUCGCAGGUAAUUUACAACAUGAACGACGGCAGCCACACGAUCAAAGGCCUGUUGUCGACCCCGCAGACGCUCCACAGCAUCUUCGACGACAGGAUGACCGGCGGCAGCGGCGCCGACAGCUUCGUCUAUGCACCGCUGUUCGGCACCUCGGUCAUCACCGACUUCAAUGCCGGGGCCGGCUCACAGCAGCGUGGUCGGCGGUAA